AUGAUCCGUCGAUUUGGUGCAGCUGCCGCGUCGUCUCGCAGCACACCACGGGCGCUCGUCCCAACCACCAAUUGUUCGACUGUGCGGGAGUUUCACAGUGUGCUUGGUGUUCUGUCGUCUCUUGUCAUGUGCACUGGCUGUGUCCUCUGCUUUGGAUCGUGGGCAAACAAUAUUUGCAACGUGCAGAAGUACGGUCGCUGGCGGUUCCGCAACUCUAUUGAUGACGUUAUCAUGGUAUCUGACUUUAAAUCCGCGCGAUAUAUUGGCGGCCUCAUCGGUUUCUUGUUCUACUGGUUCAUUGUAGGCCCCAAGAAGUACAGGUACGACAGCAACUUGGCCGAAGUCCCGGGUAACAAGCGUUUUGGACCGUUUUAG